AUGGCCGACGCCGGAGACCGCAUGUUCUGCCACGCCUGUGGUGGCGUGUGGCUGCGCAACGCUGAUGAUAUGGUCUGUCCGCACUGCGAGUCGGACUUUACCGAGAUCAUUGAAAUACCCCCCGAUCCUGACGCCGACCUCCCGCCCGACCGAUCCCCCUCGGCCCCCGCCCCGGCCAGCGCCCGCCCGAAUCCCUGGGCCGAUCACAACCCCUGGGCACAUCAAGAAGAAGACGAUGACCUCGAUCACGGCUGGGGAUCGGGAGCUGGAACGGGACCGGGAAAUGGAAAUGGGAACGGAUUCACCCACCGCACAUACCGCUCCCCGGACGGUCGGUUCACCUUCUCGACGACCACCUAUACCCACGGCUUCCCGCGCCGGUCGCCUCCCAGUCAGCAACCUGUGAACGACCCGUUGAUGCCAGUGAUGCAAGGGCUGGGCAGCAUUUUCAACGGACUGGCGGGCACCUACCGACAGCAAAAUGCCCCGGGAUCGUCGUCCAACCAACCCCAGACCCCAGACCGCGACCGGGGGCGGACCCUGGGGUCGUUCGAGUUCGACAUCGAGGCCGAUGGCCGGGCUGGGAGGCAAGAGGGCCUGCAUCCCCGGGAUGCGGAUGGCCCGCAACCGAUGAACAAUCCGCUGCGCACACUGAGCGAUAUUCUGGAGCUGUUCCGAUCGGAUUUCGGCACGAAUACGCAGGCAGGCGGCAGUGGCGUGCGGGUGGUGGGCGGUCCGAAUCCGUUGGCCAUGCUAUCGACAUUACUCAACUUUGAUCGCCACGGCGAUGCGGUAUAUUCGCAGGAGGAACUGGACCGGGUGAUCUCGCAGCUGAUCGAGCAGAAUGCCAACCGAGGGGCGCCACCGCCGGCCCCGGCCACCGCGAUCCAGUCACUGCCAAAGAAGAAGGUAGAUGCGGAGAUGCUGGGGAGCGAAGGCCGGGCGGAGUGUUCGAUUUGCAUGGACACGGUGGACCUGGGGACAGAGGUGACGAUACUGCCGUGCAAGCACUGGUUCCACUAUCACUGCAUCGAGUUGUGGCUGAACCAGCACAACACAUGUCCACAUUGUCGGCGGAGCAUUGAUGCCAGCCAGCACGAGGAACCCGAGGGCACAAGAAACAACCCGACCGUGAUCCCAGACAGCCCGGAGCCAGCUCCACGACGGUCGAGCGGUGGGGAGAAUGGACCGAGCCAGACGCAUGGGGCACAGUCACCGUCGGGGUGGAGUUCGCAAUCGUUUUCAUCGUGGUCAUCACCGUGGUCGGGGUCCGAGGAGCCACGGCGAAGCAGUCGGGAGGGAUCCGGGGUAGCAGCAUGGUUACGCAGUCGCUUAGGAGGAGGAAGCAGUUGA